AUGCUCUUUACUUUUGAAAAUUGUCUCAUUCGGUCCGCUUGGCUGCUGCGGUAGCGUCCACAGUUCACGUCGUCCAGUUACCAAGAAGGAACAUGGCCACGAGUGACACCGUAGCACAUCCCUUUCUCUCCGUGCUGUUGAACGCGAACCUGUUCCGUGCGAUCCAGGCGUAUCAACGCGGGAUGUUCGGGGAUCUCGUGCCGCGCUUCUGCGAGUGGCAGAAGAUUCGAGCGUCUGCCAUCCCAAGUGGACUGCGUUUUCUCCAGUACACGUUGCCACCUCGGUACACAUCAGUUCCAACGCUCGAAGUCGGGGGUCUACAAGUGUUUGCCGGCAUUACGUUCUUCUUGAAUGCGUUUGUGCCCGACAUGCGAUUCCCGUUGCACAGUGCCGUGGUCGAAGGCAGCCUGUCCGUGGUGCAGCGAUGGAUUGCGUGUUGUGGGGCGUCGUGGAUGACCGUAGAUGCGAUGUUCGUCGCCAUUCGAUAUGGCCACCUGCACAUCCUUCGAUGGCUCGUCCAGACGUACCCUCAGCUCCUGCUUCCGUCGACCCCGACUUGGCAACGAGCCACGACACUAGCAGCAUCCAACGACCAGCUGCAUGUGCUGCGCUUUCUUGAAGAGAUGUCGUCUGGUAAGACAAGUCGCGGGGGACGAGCGCGGAGGCAUAAGCUAGGCCAUCAUCGACAAAACCGACGUGCAGUCGCGUUGUUGCCAUUUUAAAUACCUCGCUGUACAUUCCAAGCCUACAGUACCUAGCAGCCAUAGUUGUGCAUGUUAUAGCUUUGAUUAUAACGUCUGCUUUGUUUGUGUUGUCGAGUAACUUGGCCAACAUCCAUGGACACGAGUGAACAAGUUUACCCUGA